UCCUAUUUUUUUCACGGCCAACGGUUCACGGCCCCAUUCAAGUCAAUGGGGCCGUGAAAAACGCGUUUGCACACCCGUUUGUCAUCCGUGGCCGCGCCCGUGUCCGCGCCCGUUUUAUUUCAUACUUCUGACAUGGUCAAAUUGUCUGCCAAAACUUGUGCCAAUAAAUUCUUAAAAAAAUAGAUACAGGAAGUAUAUGGUCACAGGAUAUGGUAAUUUCGAGCCUCCUGUGCAGACAAGCUGGUGUGUGGUGAGGCAGCCAUUUUUCAAGUUUUCAGCAGCCACCAUGUCAAGGUUUAAUGUAGAAAAGUUGAUAACCCUGGUCCAGGAGAGGCCCGAACUUUGGGACAUCCGGGCCAACUCGUAUUGCGACCGGGUUAAAAAGGAGGCCUCAUGGGAACAAGUGGCCCGGAGCCUACGCAAGCAUGAAUGGGCCAAAGCGGAUAGCCGAGGUCGUGCUGAAUUAGUCAAGCAAACCAAAACAAGAUGGGCGAGUUGCCGCGACCAAUUCCGGCGAGAGGUUAGCAACAAAGGCCGGAGUGGGGAAGGAACCUCAAAAAAACGGGCCUACAUAUACACUGCCCAGCUGCAGUUCUUAAGGCCAGUAAUGGAUUUGAGGCCAACUGUGGACAGUCUGGAUCCCUCGGCUGAUUCCGAGACGUCUGGGAGUGAGACCCCUGCGGUUUUCUCCCCCGCCACAAGUCCUGCUCCCACGCCGGCUGAGGACCCCGAGGACUCCACCCAGAGCCAAGGCCCCCAACCACUAUCCAGUCCACCGCGGAUAGUUCAACCCCAGCCCAGACAUCGCCGCCGUGUCCCUCCCUCUUCCUCUGUGCCAGAGAGUCGGGAAGUAAUUGAUGCCCGAGUCAUCGAUUUUCUGGCCCAGAGGAGGAGUGAUGGCAAGGAGGAGAAACUGUUGAGGGGACUGGGGCCGCUACUGCAGCAGGUCCCUGCGAAUGAGCAGCCAGACUGCAUGGCUUGCUUAAAUAUGGUCAUAAAAAUGUUUACUUGCCCCAACCAUGGAGACCUCAUUGGGCCAUUGCAUGCAUUGAAACUCCAGGUUGAAAAUGCAGGCCAGCAGCCAAAUCCUGCCCCAUAUUCAUUCCCACCCCAACCCACCCAAGGCCCUUCUUAUGCCCCCCCCCCUUCCCCAGUACCUUCCACCUCAGGGGCCUAUUCAUCCUGGGGGCCAGCCCCUUUACCAGCCCCAAUUACCAACUGGUGCCCCAACACAGGCCCAGGUUAGGCCACGGUCCACAUUUGCACCGGGCUCAUUCACGCGGGACCUUCUAGAUUUGUAAUUUGGGAGGGUUGUUUUAUAUUAAGCACUUUAUUUUUAUGUUAUUUGUGUGUUGUAAGAUUUUUUUCAUUGCCAGUGUUUUGGGUGACCCCUUAUUUUGACUAAA